AUGGCGGCGGGGCUGGGCCGGGCGGGCCGGGCGGGCCGGGGCGCGGGCUCAGGGGGCGCCGGGCCGGGCCGCGCUCAUGGCCGCUGCGGCCGCCAUGUGCUGCCGCCUCCCAGGGCCAUGGCGGGACGUCCGCGCUGUGCUGCGGCGGGGCCGGCGGCCGGGGUGACGCACGCGGCGGAAGGGGCGGCGCCACGCGGGAGCGGGCCGGGGCGGGCCCGGGCGUGCGGCGCGGCGCGGCGCGCGGGGGCGAGCCCGGGACCCCGCGCCGGCGCUGGGCUGGGUCGGUGCCGCGACGCGCCGCGCGUCCCGACGCCCGGAGCUGCGCGGCGGACACCGCCCGGCCGGUCGCCGGCUCUCCCGGACUCCGAACCCGAGCCAGGCCGACUCUGGGGGACCCCACCCCAGGCCGAGUCGCGAUUACGAGCCCCCCUCAUUCCGACGUUGCUCCCCGAGGGCUCAGUUAAGCAGCCGCGGGACCUUGCCCGGCUGCUGUCACAUCGCCGCCGCCGGAGACCCCAGGGAGCACCCCUCCCGCCGUCCCGGGGCUCCAUCCUUCUUAGAGACCCCCACACACACCUUUACCCGGUUUUACCCCAGUCCCGUCUCCCCCACCCCCGAAAAACUCCACCACCACCCCCGGCCUUGGCACCUGCCAGGGAAAUAAAAAAGGACAGUGCGGCCUCUUGCCCGGGAGGGAAGAAUGAGCAGACGCACUGCACUGUCCCCGGUCCAGACGAAUCAAGGGUGGUACCUGAUUUUGCUCCCACCCUCACCGCGGGAAGCUGCCACGAUGUCAGUGCCCGCGCGCUCAUGGAACAGCCGCCCAUCCAGUCCAAGGCCGGGGUCGUCCUGGUGCGCAAUGAGAAAGGUGAAAUUUUGAUGGAAAAAGUGAAGGUCAAGCGCUAUGUGUCAGGAAAGAGGCCAGACGAUGCCCCUAUGGAAUCAUCAGAUGAGGAGGACCGGCGUUUGCAGAACCGCAUUAGUGAAGAUGUAGAAGAAAGGUUGGCUCGACAUCGGAAAAUAGUAGAGCCAGAAGUAGUAGGAGAAAGUGACUCAGAAGGAGAAGGAGAUGUGCGUGUGGAACGAGAAGAUGGCAGUGAAGCAGAGGAGGAAGAAAUUGAUGAUGAGGAAAUAGAGCGGCGCCGUGGCAUGAUGCGUCAACGAGCACAAGAGAGAAAAAAAAAAAAAAAAAAAAAAAAACAAGAGACGGAAAUCAUGGAGGUGGAAGAUGAGGGACGUUCUGGGGAGGAAUCCGAAUCCGAGUGUGAAGAGUAUACAGACAGCGAAGAUGAGAUGGAACCCCGCCUCAAGCCAGUCUUCAUUCGAAAGGACAGAGUCACAGUUCAAGAACGUGAGGCUGAAGCAUGAAAACAGAAGGAACUGGAGCAGGAGGCAAAGCGCCUGGCUGAGGAGAAACGCAAGUAUACACUCAAGAUUGUAGAAGAGGAGACCAAAAAAGAGCUGGAGGAGAACAAGCGGUCCCUGGCUGCACUGGACGCACUCAACACUGAUGAUGAAAAUGAGGAGGAGGAAUAUGAGGUGUGGAAAGUUCGUGAGCUAAAAAGAAUCAAGAGAGACAGAGAAGAUCGAGAAGCACUUGAAAAGGAGAAGGCAGAAACUGAGCGCAUGCGAAACCUAACUGAGGAAGAGAGGCGAGCAGAACUUCGGGCAAAUGGUAAAGUCAUUACCAACAAAGCUGUCAAGGGCAAAUACGAGUUCUUACAGAAGUAUUAUCAAUGUGGUGCCUUCUUCAUGGAUGAGGAUGAAGAAGUUUACAAGAGAGAUUUCAGUGCACCUACUCUUGAGGAUCAUUUCAACAAAACUAUUCUUCCCAAAGUUAUGCAGGUCAAGAACUUCGGGCGCUCUGGUCAUACCAAAUACCUUGUGGAUCAAGACACUACCUCCUUUGAUUCAGCCUGGGGUCAAGAGAGUGCCCAGAACACAAAGUUCUUUAAACAAAAAGCAGCAGGGGUAAGAGAUGUAUUUGAAUGGCCAUCUGCCAAGAAGAGGAAAACAGCUUAAGAGUUCAACCAUUUAUUCCAACUGAGGAUAGAGGGGAAGCCUC